ACAUACACGAGAUUUCUAGGAAGAGCAAUACAUUCCGUUAUGUCAAUGAAACUCCCCCAUUUUGCGGAGGGAGAAGUCGUGAAAGGGUUUGGUAGGGGCAGCAAGGAGCUAGGGAUACCGACAGCAAACUUCCCAGAGAGUGUAGUAGAAGAACUGCCCCCGGGGAUGCCCCUCGGUGUGUACUAUGGUUGGGGUAAUGUUGAUGAUGGUGAAGUCUACAAAAUGGUGUUAUCAGUAGGAUGGAAUCUAUACUACAAAAACACCAAAAAAUCAAUGGAGACUUACCUGAUGCACACUUUUAAUGAAGAUUUCUAUGGGUCAAAGUUGAAGGUCAUCAUGCUCGGAUAUAUACGACCGAUGAAGGACUUUUCAUCACUAGAUGAGUUGAUACAGGCCAUAGAAAAUGACAUCUACAUCGCUAAAGAGAAACUAGACCAGCCUGACAACCUCAUGUAUAAAACAAACAAUUUCUUCUCGCCAUCUGGUGGCACAGAAAAUGGAGGUGUGGGAACAAGUUUAACAUGUGAACCAGUUAAAGAUGAUGGUCCUAGCCAAUCAAAUACUUGAUGAUGGAUUUUAAUUUAGGGAACAACAUAUAUUUUUUUAAAAGGCUGAGAGAGGGAUGAAGAAAGAGUGUAUAAGAGUUGAUUUUUUUAUCAUUAGUGCAUGUAGAUGUUAAUGUAUACAUAUUCAAAUUAAUUGUUUUGCCUGUAAAAAAGAUUAUAUGAUAAUCUUAUAUAUCUUUAUAGACCUUAUUUAUUUACUGGUAAGUAAUUGUCCAUGAAAAUGAAACCUAGGAAUGAAGUUGUGACUGAUACACACAUUAUUGAUUCAGCUAUCUGGUAAAUACUGUAAACCAACUUUUAUUCAUGUGGGAAUGUUACAGUUGAACCUGGGUAUCUCAAACACUGAUAUCUCGAAUAAUACCAUGGAUAUGGCUAAGAGAUUUGGAAGUCCCAACAUCUUUUUCCUGAAGUAUUUUAUCCUGAAUAUCUCGAAUCUUGGAAUAUCUCAAAUUAUUUUCUUUGCCUCUUGAGACUGAGUUAACGAGGUUUGACUGUAUAUAGACAUACAUGACCUUGCCUUACUCACAAAUGUUCUCGCUGCAACUGUUUUUUUUUUUUUGUUUUUGUUUUUGUUGUGUAUUAUGUUGAAUAUUUUUUUUACUGUUGUAAGAAUUAGUCACUGAAAUAAGAAUCCAAACUGAUAAAUCGUGAAUAUAAAAGUUGUCACAAAUGAUAGCGGGUUUAUAGUAGAUCUUUUUUUUAAUCUGCAGAUCAUUCCUUAGAAGGCAAGGAAUUUGUAUCUGUUAUGUAUAUGUAUUAAAGAUCUAUGUGCAUGACCUAGAUUAAGAUAAUAUUUGAAUGAAAUUGUGUGUGGAAUUCUCAUGAAAAUGUAGCAUUUACUAAAUCACUAUUACUUUUGCUUGAAGAUACGAUAUUAAGUAUACAAGAGUGUUGAAGUUAUUUUGUGAAAUCUCCCAUUUUUCAGGUAUAUUUUUUUAAAUUAUGUAGCUUUGUGAUUAUAUUAAUUGUUGGCAAUAUGCAGAGGAAUUCAUGGAAAUAUUUAUAAAUAAUUGACAGGGACUAAGCCUUCAUAUAUAAUCUCAAAUCAGGAAUUUUUUUGGCAGAGAUUCCAGGAAUCUGUGUUACAUAUCAUUUCUUUAUGAUUUGUGGUUUUCUAAGUUGUCAAACUUUUCAUUGAGUCUUGUAAACAAAAUGAACCCACAAUCCAAAAGUCAAUCAUAGAACUUCAUUAUAUAUACAUUAUACUUGUGCAUCAACUGCUGCAUAAUUUU